UGGCGCGGCCUCGGGGCCGGUAGCGCGGCGGCGGGCACCGCGGGAAAGCCAUGGCCCGCCGGCGCCGCCGCGCUUGCAUCGCCCUCUUCCUGGUGCUGCUCUUCGCUUUCGGCACGCUCAUGGGGUUGCGCACGCUCAAGGCCCCGGACGGGCUGCCGGCGCUAGGCCCGGGCCCGGAGCUAGCACCCUUUGAGCGGCGUCCGGAGGGGAACCCUGCGCCCGCCCGCGCCCCGGCUGCCCCCGCCGCGCCGCCGCCCCCGCCGCCGCGCACCAUCGCCCCCCGCGCCUCGGUGGGCCCGGCCGAGGCCGAUCCCGCUCCCCGGCAGAGCCUGCGCGUCUACUCCGACCUGCACGCCUUUUACUACUCGUGGUACGGGAGUCCCCGGCGGGAGGGCCACUACAUCCACUGGGACCAUGUCAUGGUGCCGCACUGGGACCCCAAGAUCUCGGCCAGCUACCCGCGUGGCCGCCACAGCCCUCCAGAUGACUUGGGCUCCAGCUUCUACCCGGAGUUGGGGCCUUAUAGCUCGCGGGACCCCGACGUGCUACGAGAGCACAUGACCCAGCUCAAAGAAGCCGCCAUCGGAGUUUUGGUUCUCUCCUGGUACCCUCCUGGCAUGGCUGAUGAUAACGGGGAGCCCUCAGAUGAUCUGGUACCUGCCAUUCUGGAUACUGCCCAUCAGUACAACAUCCAGGUGGCCUUUCACAUUCAGCCUUACAAGGGCCGGGAUGACGUCACUGUUCAUGACAACAUCAAGUACAUCAUUGACACGUACGGCUCCCACGGCGCGUUUUACCGUUAUAAGAACAGCAUGGGCAAGAGUCUCCCACUCUUUUAUAUCUACGACUCCUAUCUGACAUCCCCUGAGGCCUGGGCCCAUCUCCUGACGCAAAACGGGCCUCACUCGAUCCGCAACACUCCUUAUGACGGGGUCUUCAUAGCUCUGCUGGUGGAAGAGGGCCACACUCAUGACAUCCUUGCCGCAGGAUUCGAUGGAAUGUACACCUACUUUGCCUCCAAUGGCUUUUCCUUUGGUUCCUCCCAUCAGAACUGGAAAGCUGUGAAGACCUUCUGCGAUACCAACAACCUGAUGUUCAUUCCUAGCGUGGGGCCUGGGUACAUCGACACCAGCAUCCGGCCCUGGAACAACCAUAAUACUCGGAACAGGGUCAAUGGCAAGUACUACGAGACAGCCCUGCAGGCGGCCCUGACCGUGAGACCUGAGAUCGUCUCCAUCACCUCUUUCAACGAGUGGCACGAAGGCACACAGAUCGAGAGGGCUGUUCCCAAAAAGACGCCAACUCGCCUGUAUUUGGACUACCUGCCUCACAAGCCCGGCUUGUAUUUAGAGCUGACCCGCCGCUGGGCGGAGCACUUCAUCAAGGAAAAGGAACAAUGGCUGAUGUGAGGGGCUACCACCCAAACCUCGCCAUGACAGGUCGACAUGCUGGUUCAGCUGAGGACAUAGGCACUCACUAUUCCCAAGCAGCAACUGGGUGCUUGUGGGUGGGCCAGCCAGCCCAUGGAGAACAGCUCGGCCCCCGGACUUGUGCUGGGAGGCAAGGCCUGAUGAAGGGGGAGGCUGGCAAGUGGCUGCACGGGACUCAAGGCAGCUCCACAUCCCUCUGAGCCUUCACCUGUGGCAGGUAGUUGUUAGUGGAGUUGUGCAGGCCACUGUGCUUAGAAGGGUCUCAGGGCUCUGGGCUGACAUGCACCUUAUUUCCUCUGGACAGCCUACAUCUCAGGCCACCUCCCACGUCUUGCUGAGCACAGGGAACCAUAUUUGAUGAUUCUAAGAAGGGGACUUUAAGGUCCUUCCAGUAGAGUCCUGUGUCCCAUUACCAGGAAACACUGAGCACCCACACUCAUCACUAAGCACCUGCCUGUCAGGUGCUGGGAAUUCGAGCAAGUUCCCUUCCCAAAGCUUACAGGAUCCCGCUUUUGGUGUAGCUAGCACCCUGGCUGUUUUGCUCUUUGCAGCUACAACCAGGUCUGGGAGCUCAGCUAUUUUUCUUCCAAGAAAAUACCUCUGCUUCAGAGCCUUUCCCAGAUGAACAUUUAGCCGCAGAAGGCAGGGAGGGACAGGACUAGGUCACCCACUUCCUUCAGCCAUUUAGGCUGGGGAGGCCACUCACUAGGGUAACUUGCAGUGCUACUGUGAUUUGUAUUAAAUAUGAAAUGGUGUUUGCCAGUA